GUGCCCCAUCAUUGGUGUCAGUGGGAGGAAUAGUGCCCCAUCAUUGGUUGUCAGUGGGAGGAAUAAUGGCCCAUCAUUGGUGUCAGUGGGAAGAAACAUGCCCCAUCAUUGGUGUCAGUGGGAAGAAAUGUGCCCCAUCAUUGGUGUCAGUGGGAGGAAUAGUGCCCCAUCAUUAUUGUCAGUGGGAAGAAUCAUGUCCCAUCAUUGGUGUCAGUGGGAGGAAUAGUGCCCCAUCAUUAGUGUCAGUGGGGAGGAAUAGUGCCCCAUUGUUGGUGUCAGUGGGGGGAGGAAUAGUGCCCCAUCAUUGGUGUCAGUGGGAGGAAUAGUGUCCCAUCAUUGGUGUCAGUGGGAAGAAUAGUGCCCCAUCUUUGGUGUCAGUGGAAUGAAUAGUACAUCAUUGGUGUCAGUGGGGGGGAAUAG